AGACACCCAAGUACUACUGAGAAAGCAAAAUGGAGAAACAUACAGCAGUGUUGUUGCCCCAGGAUGCCAUGUGUACCCAUUCACAUUUCAGUUCCCUUACCAACACCGCAACAUGAGUCCAAGGAUAAGAAAAUGCACGUUUUCAGCUCAGGAACAGUAGCCAUGGAUGUGAAUCUUGAAAAAACAGGUUUCAUCCAAGGCGAAGGAUUAAAGGUUGUGGCCUACAUUCAGAACAACUCGUCUCGUGAGAUCAAGCCCAAGUACUGUGUAUACAGAAAGCACAGCUUCUUUGCAAAAGGAAAGAGAAAAGUCAGUACUAAUGACCUCUGUAAAGAAGUGGGAGAGCCCAUCCCUCCUUCUUCAAAUGCAAACGUCACAAAGGUCAUCACCAUCCCCCCUGAUAUGGAGCCCUCUAUCCUCAACUGCAACAUUAUCAAAGUGGAGUACAGACUCAGGGUCUACCUUGAUGUCAAAUAUUCUUCAGACCCAGAGGUCAAAUUCCACAUAGUGAUCCUGCCAGCCUCUCAGGUUGCCGCUAUGGCACCACCACCUGAUGCUUCUGGCUUUGGAUUUGAACCAUUUGGGAAUCCAGGCCCACUACCAGCUUGGGGCACUGUACCGUCACAGCCACCAGCGGCACCCCAAGCUUUUGAUCCACCUCCUGCCUAUGGAGCAUAUAAUAUGUACCCUCCUUUGACAGAUUUUGAUACUAAAUAUUAGUUACAGGGCUGUGAAGAGAGUUGGAUGCUUCAAGGAAAGGAAAUGAGAAAAGGGAGUUAUAGUGACUGCAUUUAUCAAAUUGACUUAUAGGACUGUAUGUCACUGUCAUUAAUGCUACAUUUUGUCAGGAUGAGGGUGGCUCCCUGAAAGUCGACUAGUCAAAUCAUUAGUCGAGAGACCUCUCAGUCAACUGAGACUUUUCUAGCCAAACCUUUGUGUUUAUUUUAUUUUAUAUUUUGUCAGCCAGUGUGCAUUACAAUACAAGGUAGCCCCAGUUCUCAUCAUUUUGUCAUCUUCUUCCCCCGGUGGUCGGGGGGGACCUACUUUGAUCAAGGUGUAUAAGCAAAUUGCUGCCCAGAGUGAGGACAAAACGACAACAAAACACACUAGGAUAAGACAUAUAAAGGUGACAUUUAUACUUUAUUAGAAAUGUUUAUGUCCUUAAGGGGUGUGUUCAAUAAAGAAACCCAGGACAUUACUUUUUCUUGUGACUGC